CGUGUGUGCGCAUGCGCGACGGCGGGGAGGGCGUGUCCGCCGGCGGAGAGGCGGCCGCCUGCUCUGCUCUUUUAUUUGUGUUUAGUGUGUCCGCCCGCCUUGUGUUCCUGUUGUGUUGCGUUCACACGACAAAGAGGAUGAGCUGCACACGCACACGCGCAAACACACGCACUCCGCUGCACGAGCCUGUGGCGCCUCCUGUUGGAGCUUCGCAUCUCGGUGUGGACGCGUGCUAACAGGAACGCGCUUUCGUUACGCCAAGCGCCGGCUGGGGUUAGCGUGACAUUUGGCUGACAUUUUCUGCUGGCGGGGCUCACAUUUAACGAGCCGCGCUUCUUUCUUGCAGAUGGACGAGCAUGUCGCCGCUAGCAGGCUGUGACAUCACCACGACAACAUCGAGGUUGUCGGCAGAACGACAAUCGAGGACGUUCUCCGAACACCCGACACUUUCCCAAGAUUCCCUGCUGGAAUGCCAGAUCUGCUUCAACUACUUCAGCCCGCGGCGGCGGCCCAAGCUGUUGGACUGCCGCCACACGUGCUGCUCCGUGUGCCUGUCGCAGAUGCGCAGCAGCCACAAGGAGAUCCGCUGCCCGUGGUGCCGUGGCGUCACCAAGCUGCCGCCGGGCCUCUCUGUCGCCCACCUGCCCGACGACCCCGACGUGGUCGCCGUGGUGGCCAUCCCGCACGCCUCCGAACGUACGCCCGUCUUCAUCCGGCUGCCCGGCAGCGGCUGCUACAUGCUGCCGCUGCCCACCGAGGAGGACCGAGCGCCUGGGCUGCUGGCGUGCCGCUUCCUCCCGGGUGGCGGGCAGAAGGGCGUGGCGGUGGUGAGCGUGCCCGAGGAGAGGCCUCUGGACGUGGUUCUGGAAGGGGAGGAUGGUGAAGGGGAGCGGCGGGUGAGCGGGCCGGCAGCGGGCGGGGCGGCCAAGGGGUCCACGUGGUCGGGCGUGUGCACGGUGGUGCUGGUGGCGUGCGUGCUGCUGUUUCUGCUCGGAAUCGUGCUGCACAACAUGUCCUGCAUCUCCAAGCGCUUCACCGUCAUCUCCUGCGGAUGAACCACGGACGGAGUCAGCCGUGACCCACCGCAGAUGCCAACGAGACCCGCCAGGGGUCUACCUUUGGAGACUAAACAUUCCCAAGAGCUUAUCCAGUCCAUCCUUUACCCUUUUGUUAUUCUAGGCUCAAGCUCCUCUGAUUGGUUGUUUAGUUUGUGAUUAGUUCAAGUACGUCGUUUUUUGAAGAGACUUGGGACUCAGACUCCGACUGAGUCUAUAAGGACAAAGCUUGUAUGUGACUUGUCCACUGAGUCCGUCUUGUCAAUAAAGUUGUGGUGUUAGAACACAAAA